AUGCCAUCCUCCCAAUCAACAGAGCCUCCUCGUUGGGGCGCAUUUCCUUCAGAACAAUACCUUCUUCAAAACUGGAAUUCCGCGUCGGAAGAGACAGACACGGACCAAAGGCGACGACUCAUUCGCGACUUUGUCCGGAAACUCGACGCCAUCCCCGAGGAAUGGGACACCGUCUUCGAUCCUGACCGGCGGGACCAGGGCAUGGUCGUGCCGCCGUCCGAGGCGCAAAUCAGCACCAUCCUCGCGCCCUGGCGAGCGCCCAGCCUACGACUCGCCGCUGCCAAAAUAGGGAGCGCACCGCCCGUGGAUCAGCUCGUCUGGCUGCGCACACAUUACGCCAAGGACCGGGCUGCACGGGACCGCGACGACCAGACUCUGCGUCGGUGGGUGGAGACGGCCCGCGACGAGGACCCGACGGCGCCGUGCGACACGUUUGAGGAAGCCUGGAGCUGCCUGGUUCUGAACAAUGACCGUCUUUUCGACGUUGGCGAGGACUGGUCUGCCGUCUUUGACCUCGUGCCCGAAAUCCUCGGACCGUUUGCAGACGCGGGCCAAGACUCGCGCAGAAUCCCGUGCGACGGAGCGUACGACGGAGCCGGCAGCGACACCGUGGCGACGAGGCGACGCCGGCUGCGCGAGAACCUGGCCGUCAUCGACGGGUACGCGGCGCGCGCCCGCUUCGUCGACCGUGAGCCGUGGCUCAAGUCGCUCUGCGUGCGCACGGCCCUGGUCGUCGUCGAUGAGCGCGCGUUUGCGACGGGCGGCCUGCUCCGGAUCGUCUUUGUCGAUCCCAGAGGCAACGAGGUGCGCUCGUCGCGCAGCAUGUACGACGACAACUGGUGGACGCUCAAGGCGGACCUGUGCGGAGGCGGGCUGGGGACCAAUACGUGGUGGGAGUACGACAGCGACGACGACGAGGAAGAGGCGGACGACUGGCACGACGGCGAAAAGUACCGCGCCGGGGGCGAGAUUGGAAAGGUCCUGUACGGCGUCCAAGACAUGCUGCAAGAGGCAAGACUGUCAGCGCCAGACAGUUGA